CUGUCCUGGUCGUCGAGUGUAGAGUGGGGGUGUGGGUCACAAACUAACUAACAAACAACAAACAAGCAAACAACAACAGUUCCCGGCUACUGCAGAGCGCCAUGCUGAGCACGGGGAAGCUGCGGCCGACUCUGUGCCUGGUGCGGCGGCCGUGGUGUGUGUCUGCCGGCGGGUUCCACAGCUCGGGCCGCCGGCUCCACAACCCCGACGAGGUUGACCUGUUUGACUUUCGUUACACAACCCCCUUCGUGAAGAACCUCUUCGUCGGCAAGUUUAUCCGGGAACAAGUGUUCCCAUUCCCCAGACUGAACCAACAGGACUAUGACCAGCUGCAGCAGAUGGUCGACCCAGUGGAGCGCUACUUCAAGGAUGACGUGGACUCCAAACAGAUCGACAUGGAUGCCAAGAUCCCCCCGGACACUCUGCAGGGUCUGAAGGACCUCGGACUGUUUGGGAUGCAGGUUCCUCUGGAGUAUGGUGGGCUGGGCCUGUCCAACACCGAGUACGCUCGUCUGGGCGAGAUCACGGCCAUUGACGGAGCUAUCGCCGUUACGCUGGCGGCACACCAGGCUAUCGGACUGAAGGGCAUCAUGAUCGCAGGGAACGAGGAGCAGAAGGCUAAGUACCUCCCAAAGCUGGCGACGGGAGAACACGUGGCGGCCUUUGCACUGACAGAACCCACCAGUGGAAGUGAUGCUGCUUCGAUCCAGACCCGAGGUACUCUGAGCAGCGACGGGAAGCAUUUCCUGCUGAAUGGCGGGAAGAUCUGGAUCUCAAAUGGUGGCAUCGCAGAUGUCUUUACAGUGUUUGCCAAAACAGAGGUCGUGGACAGCAAGUCCGGUCAGGUGAAGGACAAGGUCACAGCGUUUAUCGUGGAGCGUAGUUUCGGCGGGAUCACCAGCGGGAAGCCUGAGGACAAGCUGGGGAUUCGUGGUUCCAACACAUGCACUGUGCACUUUGAAGACACUCCUGUUCCUGUGGAGAAUGUCCUUGGAGAAGUUGGUGGAGGAUUCAAGGUCGCGAUGAACAUCUUAAACGGCGGGCGGUUCAGCAUGGGAAGUAGCGGAGCUGGGAUUGUGAAGAAGCUGAUUGAACAAACAGCAGAGCAUGCCACAACUCGAGUGCAGUUUAACAAGAAGCUGAUGGAGUUCCCACUCAUUCAGGAGAAGUUUGCGGACAUGGCGUUACGAGCCUAUGCCAUGGAGAGUAUGGCUUACCUGACAGCAGGCAUCAUGGACCGCUGGCCAGGCGGGAACCACGACUGCUCUGUGGAGGCUGCCAUGGUCAAGGUGUACAGUUCGGAGAGUGUGUGGAGCAGUGUGAGCGAGGCCCUGCAGGUUCUGGGUGGACUGGGCUACAUGAAGGAGUACCCGUACGAGCGCUACCUGCGAGAUGCACGCAUCCUCAUGAUAUUUGAGGGGACCAAUGAAAUCCUUCGUCUCUACAUUGCCUUGGUGGGAAUGAAGUUUGCUGGGGACAUACUGAAGGAGAAACUCAAGGAGCUGAAGCGUGGAAACUUGGGCCUGAUUCUCCAGACCAUGCGCCGGCGAUGGGGCCCAGGGUUUGGGCUGGGACCGAGUCUGGGGUUUGUGUCAGAGGAUCGCUUCAUCGGGGACGGCUUCAAGGCACAUCCCAGCCUCACGGCUGGAGCAAAGCUGCUAGAGGAGAAUGUGAACACAAUGGGGGCUCUGACAGAAACCCUGCUGUCCAGGCAUGGCAAGGGCAUCAUGGAGGAGCAACUGGUACUGAAGCGAGUGGCGGACAUCACCACUAACCUGUACGCCAUGACAGCAGUCGUCUCUCGUGCCAGCAAGGCGGCCAUCUCGGGACUCCCCAACUAUGACCACGAGGUCCUGAUGGCCAACACCUUCUGCCAGAAAAGCUACAAUGCAAACAUGCAGAUGUUUGACGACUUGAGCAGAGAAAACACAGAUGCAGCUGUGCAGAAAAUUGGAAAAGACAUCCUGAAGGCUGGGAGUUACAUUGCUGCACACCCGCUCGACAGAACACACGACUUCGACAACAUCGAUGUGGUACCACCCCGGCGGUAACGGGGGCAAAAUUCUUUCUGCAACAAGGCUUCCUUAGGUCUGCCAUUGUCACUGGAUUAGUGAUUCCUUGUUUUGAAUUUGGCAAUGGACAAAGCAUUUUAAGCAUAUCAACUAAGCCUAAGUUUAUACAUGUAUAUAAACAAAUUCAGAACUGAAAUUAGAAAACAAGGGAUUCAGACCUGAGGUGAGAACAGCUUGUACACAGUAUCAGUGUCCAUGUAUUUAUUCCAUGAAGUUAUUAAAGAAUUUACGUACAGGGGUAAUGAGUGCCUUGUUGGUUUGUAGUGUUUUUGUACAAAUAAAC